UAAUAGUUGAAAAAUUUAUAGUGAUAAAAGAGAGCAGAUUUUUCAGAAAAAAAAAGCCGUCUCCGCUUGGAUGCAGAUUAUACAAAUCAUGGAGACCAACAAUGACUCACAAUAAAAGAAACCGCUUAAAAUAGUCACUUUUUGUUCCACUAAAAAAUGCUUCUUUGCAUAUAAAAUGUUUGAACCACAUCUUGUUUUAUCUCUUUUUCUUUUUUUCUCUUCGAAAACAUACAUCUUUUUUUUGGGGAAAAACAAAGCUUCAUCAAUUUAAUACUUUGACAACAAACUCCCAAAUUAAAAAACAAUCUUCUUUUUUGUAAUAUUUAUAUGAAUAUUGCUUUUAAUUUAAUUACUUCUGGUCUUUUGGCAUUCGAUAAAACAUACAUUGACAACAUUUUAAUUAAGUAAACAUGUCCUCCACUCAAUCUUUUGGUCUCAUUGCUCCUCCUACUUCCUCUCGCGAAGGUGCUGCUGCUAAGGUUUCUGAAGAAAUCCUCUCCAAUGUCCCUCUUGUCAAUGUCAAGAAAGUACUCAUUGUAGGCUCUGGUGGUCUUUCUAUUGGUCAAGCUGGUGAAUUUGAUUAUUCAGGUUCUCAAGCCAUCAAAGCUUUGCGUGAGUCUGGUAUUAAAACCAUUUUGGUCAAUCCCAACAUUGCCACUAUCCAAACUUCUCAUACACUUGCUGAUAAGGUCUACUUUUUGCCUGUUACUUGCGAAUACGUUUCCAACAUUUUGGAACGUGAACGUCCUGAUGGUAUUUUACUUACUUUUGGUGGUCAGACUGCCUUGAACUGUGGUAUUGAACUCGAUCGUUCCGGUAUCUUGGAACGUCUGAACAUUAAAGUUCUCGGUACUCCAAUUAAAACUUUGAUCACAUCUGAAGACCGUGAUUUGUUCGUAAAGGCUCUUAAUGAAAUUGACGUCCCUGUUGCCCAAUCAACUGCUGUCGAUACCGUUGAAGAGGCAUUGAAGGCCGCUAGUGAAAUCGGUUAUCCCGUUAUCGUUCGUUGUGCUUUUGCCUUGGGUGGUCUUGGUUCCGGUUUUGCUGAUAAUGAACAAGAACUCCGUACACUUGCCACCAAGUCUUUGACACUUGUCCCUCAACUCUUGGUUGAACGUUCCAUGAAGGGUUGGAAAGAAGUUGAAUAUGAAGUCAUGCGUGACUCUGCCAACAACUGUAUCACUGUUUGUAACAUGGAAAACUUUGAUCCCCUUGGUGUUCACACAGGUGAAUCUAUUGUCGUUGCUCCUUCUCAAACACUGAGUGAUGAAGAAUAUCACAUGCUUCGUACUGCUGCCAUCAAGAUCAUUCGCCACCUGGGUGUUGUUGGUGAAUGUAAUGUCCAAUAUGCCCUUAAUCCCAAGAGUUUAGAAUUCAAGGUCAUUGAAGUCAAUGCUCGUUUGAGUCGUUCAAGUGCUCUUGCUUCUAAGGCUACAGGUUAUCCUCUUGCUUUCAUUGCUGCCAAGAUUGCUCUCGGUCAUACCUUGCCUAGUCUUCAAAACGCUGUGACCAAGACAACCACUGCCUGUUUCGAACCUUCUCUUGAUUAUAUCGUCACCAAGAUUCCUCGUUGGGAUCUUUCCAAGUUCCAAUACGUUGAUCGUCACAUUGGUUCUGCCAUGAAGUCUGUGGGUGAAGUAAUGGCUGUCGGCCGUACUUUUGAAGAAAGUAUGCAAAAGGCUAUUCGUCAAGUGGAUCCUAGCUUUUCUGGUUUUGAUGGUCUUCCUACUCCCUUCGAAGAUGUGGAUGAUGUCUUGGCUAACCCUACUGAUCGUCGUUUGUUUGCACUUGGUCAAGUGAUGUUGAACAAGGACAAGGCUGUUCGUGAUAGAUACACAGUUGAUCACCUCAACAAGCUUACCAACAUUGACAAAUGGUUCUUGCACAAGCUUCAAAAGAUUGCCAACAUUCACCUUAGUCUUGGUGAACUUUCGAUUGAACGAUUGCCUGUCGAUCUCCUCAAGAAUGCUAAAAAAACUGGUUUCUCCGAUGCCAAGAUUGCCAAGUUGAUCGGUGCUGAAGAAUUGGCUGUCCGUGCUCUUCGUAAAGAAAACGCCAUUGUUCCCCACGUCAAGCGUAUUGAUACAGUUGCUGCUGAAUUCCCUGCUCAUACAAACUACCUCUACACGACUUACAAUGCUGCCACGAACGAUGUCAGUUUCGACGAACAUGGUACUAUGGUUUUGGGUUCUGGUGUCUACCGUAUUGGUUCUUCUGUAGAAUUUGAUUGGUGUGGUGUUUCUUGCAGUCGGGCUUUGCGUGCUCAAGGUGAAAAGACAGUCAUGGUCAACUACAACCCUGAAACUGUCUCUACUGACUUUGAUGAAUGUGAUCGUUUGUACUUUGAAGAACUUAGUUUUGAACGUGUGAUGGAUAUUGCAGAAUUGGAAGGAGCUAAGGGUAUUGUUGUAAGUGUGGGCGGUCAACUUCCUCAGAACAUUGCUUUGAAGUUGCAUGAUGUCAAGAUGAAUGUUCUCGGCACUUCACCCUUGAUGAUUGAUGCUGCUGAAGAUCGUUUCCAAUUCUCCAAGAUUUUGGAUAAGGUUGGUGUUGAUCAACCUGCUUGGAAGGAAUUGACGAGCGUUGAAGCUGCUUUUGCCUUUGCUGAAGAUGUCGGUUAUCCUGUCCUUGUCCGUCCUUCUUAUGUUCUUUCUGGUGCUGCCAUGAAUGUUGCUUACACCCCUGAUGCUCUCAAACACAACUUGACUGAUGCCACCAAUGUGUCUCCUCUUCAUCCUGUUGUGAUUACCAAGUUCAUUGAAAACGCUCAAGAAAUCGAUGUGGAUUGUGUUGCCAGCAAGGGUGCUGUCUUGGUUCAUGCUGUCUCUGAACACGUUGAAAAUGCUGGUGUUCAUUCUGGCGAUGCUAGUUUGAUCCUGCCUCCUCGCGAUCUUUCUCCUCAAACCAUGAGCCGUCUCAAGGACAUUGCAGAUAAGGUGGCUGGUGCCUUUGAAAUCACAGGUCCCUUCAACAUGCAAAUCAUCAAGCAAGACAUCCCUGGUCAAGAAGAACCUCUUCUCAAGGUCAUUGAAUGUAACUUGCGUGCUUCCCGUUCAUUCCCCUUUGUUUCCAAGGUCCUUGGUGUCAACUUUAUCGAUGUGGCUACUCGUGCCUUGGCUGGUAAGAAUGUGCCUGAACCUAUUGAUUUGAUGGCCAAGGAGUACGGUUACCAAGCCGUCAAGGUCCCCCAAUUCUCCUGGACUCGUCUUCAAGGUGCUGAUCCUUUCUUGGGUGUCGAAAUGGCCUCGACAGGUGAAGUUGCUUGUUUCGGUAAAGACAAAUACCAAGCUUUCUGGGCCGCCAUUCAAUCCACUCAAAACUUCCGUAUUCCUUCUCGUGGUGCCGGUGUCUUGAUCGGUGGUGACCAAGUGACUGACAAAAAGGACUAUGUGCAUAUUGCCCAAACCUUCCAUAACGAGCUUGGUCAUCCUAUCUUUGUUCCUACCGAACAAGACAAGCUCUUUUUGGAAAAGGAAGCCGGUGUUUCUUCUGUCUGUUUGCCUAUUGCUGCCUGUGCCGAAGACAAGCGUGUGUUAAACAAGCAUUUCAAGGACAACAACAUUGAUUUCGUGAUCCACCUUGCCAAGAUCCGUGCCCCUGACCAAUUGGAUGAAGGCUAUGUCUGUCGUCGUGCUGCUGUUGAUUUUGGUAUUCCUUUGAUCAAUGAUUCUAAGGUGGCCGUUCUCUUUGCCGAUGCUUGUGUUCGUCAUCGUACAGAUGAACCUCGUACAGCUGAAAAGAUUCCCGAUGAAGUCAAGUGUUGGAGUGAAUUCGUCGAUGCUAAAAUUUAACUAUAAAUAUUUCAUCAUUAUUUA